AUGGCUAUCAUUCUUGUCACUGGCGCGAAUAGAGAAAUCGGGCUUGGCAUAGUCCAGGCGAUUGCCGGUCGAGUUCCCAACUCCACCAUCCUCAUCGGAUGCCGCACGCACGAGUCUGGGGAAGAAGCAGUUCGCAAAUGGAGAGAUAUUGGUAUCGAAGAAGCUCUGGAUAUAUUGCCAUUUGAUAUUGAGGACGAUGCGAGUAUUGUGGCCGCCGCUGCCGUCGCCCAAGAGAAGUAUGGCAAACUAGAUGUGCUAAUCAACAACGCCGCGAGAGUCACCGUUCCCGAAUCACUUGACCUCCCCGAUGUCCGGUCCGCAACUAACUCUGUGCUCGCAAACUGUGUCACUUCAAACCUCAUCGUCACUCAAGCAUUCCUUCCGCUUCUUCGCAAAGCUGAAUAUCCUCGAGUCAUCAUGACCUCGAGCGCUCGAGGCAGCAUGACAAGAACAGCGAAUGGGGAGCUUCCGCCAGCAGCCUCCAUCAACUAUUGCAUGGCAAAAGCUGCGUUGAACAUGCUGACCCUGCAAUUCCACCUGGCCGAAGAACGAAGGACAUCUGAUGACAAAGUCGUAUUCUGGGCAACUAGCCCCGGGCAUUGCAAGACAGCUUUCAACGGGUUUCGCGGCACCAAAGAGCCGGUGGAUGGAGCUGAAGUCUUUGUACGAUUAUUAGAGUCAGAAAGGGGCGUUAUUGCGUCGGGGACGUUUUGCGAGUUUGAAGACGGCGAGUUCAGAUUGGUCCCCUGGUAA